CUGGAAAGUCAUGCGCUCGCUCUGCAGAUCGUCAAGCUGGCUGCCUACUACGGGGUCUCCAAGGGUACCAUGGCUAGCGCCAUUACCCUCACGAUGCUAUUCCGCAUGGGCGCCGCCAUCUGGGGCAUCGUAGCCGAUGCCUUUGGGCGCCGUGCGGCCCUGACGACCAAUCUGUGGUUUCUGGCUCUGAUGCAGAUUGCAUCUAUCUACGCUUCAACCUUCCCUGCUUUUCUUGCCACUAGAGCCUUCUUUGGCGUGGGUAUGGGCGGAAUUUUUGGCUGCGGAGCCUCACGGGCCUUCGAGUCAAUCCCAGUUCGGGCUCGCGGCGUCUACUCCGGCAUCUUCCAAUCGGCCUUCCCCAUCAGCUACAUCGUUGCCGCAGCCGCGAAUCUCGCCAUCGGCCCUGCACAUUGGCCCACGCUCUUUGCCAUCGGCGCCGGUCUCUCCUUCGCCGUCGGCUGCUUCCGUGCCAUCCUUCCUGAGGCGCCACGCUACCUCGAAGCCCGCAAGGCAGGGCACGCUACCAAGGCAUUCUUCAGCAACUUUCGCAAGAUGAUGGUCGUCGACUGGCCGGUCAUGUUGUACAUCUCGGUGCUGGUCGCUUGGCUUCUGGUCCAUGGGCACGCCUUGCAGGACUCUUAUGUGACCUUCCUCGUCACAUCCAAGGGCUUCAAUAACUCGCAGGCCUCACGCAAUGCCAUCUAUGCCAAGCUUGGGGCCACUUUUGGCAGUCUUGCGAUCGCAUACUUCUCCCAAUCCCUUGGACGUCGUCGCACCAUGAUCGUCUGCCUCAUCAUCGCAGCCGCCGUGCUUCCUGCGGCUGUGAUUCCCACGUCGGAGGGUGCCCUUGGCGCUGGCGCCUUCUGGCUUCAGGCUUGGGCUCAGAGCUGGUCCGUCAUUCCCAUCUACCUCUCCGAGAUCUGCCACCCUUCCUGGCGCGCUCUGGUCGUUGGUCUCAGCUACCAAGUCGGUGCAGCUCUGUCCUCGCCCACGACGCAGGUAGUCAACAUCCUUGCUGAGCGCUUUCACACCAUCACACCCGAGGGGCGCCACGUUGAGGCCUAUGGACCCGUGAUGGCUAUCGUGUCCUCGAUUGCUGUGGUUGUCAUCGUGGUCCUGCUGGCCUUUGGGCCUGAGCGAUUGGGUACGCGAUUCGAGGAAGCGCCCCUUGCAACUGAGGAGGAUGAGGGGAAGCUG